AUGCUCUGCUAUAAACGGAUCCUCUUUAUAAACCCAAUCUUCCUAGUAACCAUUCUAAUACUGCUUGUCGGCUGCACGCAAGUGUAUUCUUCAAAGGGCGACCGAAGUAAAGACUUUGAAAACUGUGUUUCACAGUGUUCAUCCUCAACGUGCCCGGAACGUAAAAUACCACUCAUACGUAGAUUGCUUCAAUGGUCCUGCGAAAACGAAUGCGAGUACGAGUGCAUGCACGAGAUAACUGCGAAAGCGAAAGAAUCCGGAGGCGAAAUUCUGCAAUACCAUGGCAAAUGGCCGUUUUAUCGGAUGUGGGGAAUGCAAGAACCGGCGAGUGUGCUGUUUAGCGCACUGAAUGGAUACAUGCACUAUCAAUAUAUAAGCGUAUUUAGGCGACAGGUUGCUGAUGGAUAUUACAUGAAGAAGUUUUACGUUGCGUAUUGUUGUGUUGGAGUGAAUGCGUGGAUAUGGUCGGUUAUUUAUCAUUCGAGAGAUUUCGUGUUUACAGAGAGGAUGGACUAUUUUUCAGCUGGGUUUGCAGUGUUGUAUUCUCUCUAUACGACGGCUCUACGUGUAUUUCACAUACGAAAGACUUUCCCCUUAGCGUCAUGGACGUUUAUAUGUCUUGUUGCAUACACUUUACACGUAUCAUAUCUGUUAUCGGGUACUUUUGACUACACAUAUAAUAUGACAGCUAAUGUAGUAGUUGCGUCGAUUAAUAAUGCUAUAUGGUUGUAUUGGACUAUAUUACAUUUGAACAAGAGACCAGACGAUGCAUGGAAGCCUGCGGCUGUCGGGGCGUUGUUGUCGUUGUUUUUGUCUCUGGAAUUGUUUGAUUUUCCUCCCAUCUGGGGAGUCUUUGAUGCCCAUUCACUUUGGCAUCUGUCGACUAUCCCAAUCAUCCCAUUCUGGUACAAUUUCCUGCUUGUGGACGCGGAGAGGGAAGAUCAUAGAGAGAGAAAAGGAAAGAAAACUAUGAAAUAG